AUGAGCGUUGUGAGGGGGCGCAUAAAUUGGCCAGUCGCCCCAGCUUAUAUACUGGUCACCCUCACAGGUAUCGCAGCCUUCGCCCCCAGCCUUGACUCAACAACAUAUUUUUCACCUCCAAAAAAUCAUCAACAGGAUGUGUCUUCACUACCUUUUGGUGCUGGUCAAGUGUUUGAGGAUAAGAAUUCUAUUCUGGAGGCCCACAGUUCAACCAGCACUAUCACAUCAGAGUUAGAUGGGAGAGAGGAGAGUAUCGCUACAAAAACGCGGACUUAUAAGCAUAGGAAUAAGGCUGGUAAUAUUUCAUCAUUUGAUGCAACUAGCAGUGUAUGCACUAAAGGUUUGUUUUCAAAUGAAUUGCCGUCUGUGGAUAGUAUACAGCGUGAAUUCAUUAAGGAUGGUAAAUAUUCUACAGCAUUUGAGGCAGAUUUGGUGGAUGAUGGAAUUAACCCGAUUUUUUCGUUCGUCCAACUUCAUUUUAACCCAUUUAAGAGCAAAAAGUUUAAGGAUGUUUCCAUAGAAUAUAAGGAUAAAAUCUUGUACUUUCUCAAUGAAAAACGUGAAAAUAUUGCAAAGUUUACGAUAGAGAAGGCGAUUCCAAGGGUGGUACAGACACUAAUUUCUCUGACACAUUCUAAGGGGUCAAAAUGCACUGCCGAAUGGGUACAUAAACACAGUAACAAAGGCGUUUUGCACCUAACUUGCGACCUUGACUAUGGAAGCUCGGCUUAUAGUGAUUCCUCUGUUAUUAAAUUUAAGUGCCACAAACCCAAGUUAGAAGGGUUUAAGAAAGAGUCAUUUUCCAUCGAUCCGCCCUUAUUCAGUCACCAAUACCCCACGUAUGAAUCGAUAUUAUCUCACAUGAGGAUGAUUUUAGGGUUAUCGCCAAAACAUCCAAUUUCUAUCACAUCAGUGAAUGGACAUAAAGUCACUGAGAAGGAGAGUUACAACGCGUUGACAGAUGCGAUUUCAAGUGGGCGCAACGAAAUAGAUGUUUUACUCGAUUGUGCAAUUCAGGUUUCAGUUCGUUUAUUUUUACCAUUUAUCCAAGCUCCGGAUAAUAUCUCAACAUAUCCGGUGUUUUUGUACCUUGAUGAUUACAAAAGGGUGCUGCUAGAUACUAAAUAUCAGUCACUAUUAGCGGAAAGUGGUAUAACUGGAAAUCCUAUCAAUUUUAAAAGCAGCGCCAAUACCAGCAGUAUUUAUUACUUAUCAGACGUUGAUAAGCACAAGUGCAGGGUAAAAAAAGGAAAGUUAGUUAUCAGUCCUAACUCACCUAAAUCUGCAUACGAGAUCUUUACAUUUAUCCCUCAAGUCUCAGUGAACGUCUAUCUGAUGGAAAAAAAGAAGUUUACCACAACAAUAUCCCCUUUAAUGAUGGUCAAGGAUGUGAUAUCUGAAUUAAAUAAGAAGGUCAGUGAGUAUGCUAAAGAUAUUAAAGAGAUAAAAAAACACAAGAUCGUAUUCUAUGGAUUUGAGGUGGGAAACUGCCAGUUACACGAUCUUAAUGAACAUAUUUACGAAAAAACAAGCAAACUUCUCCUCUACAAAAUCCCAACUUCAGUCCCAUGCGCCACCACCAAAUCCACUGUCAUGAACUUUUAUUUCGGCCCACAUAAACCAUCCGAAAUAUUACUCGACAUUUAUAUAAAUAAUGAUAAUCAAAAGUCAGGCCCUUAUAAAAUUCAUAUACCCUAUGAAGGGUAUGCAACCCUCCAAAAUUUGAAGGAGAUAAUCGUCAGAAAUUUGAGCCUUAUGGGUGUGUUUUUAUCCGAAGAUUUGCAAUUUGUGGAAAUAGGAGGCAAACCUGCAUCCCAUCAUAGCGAUCGAACGCAUUUGUCUGCCAUUAAGGAGUUUAUCCAAGACUACCGCAGAAAUGUGGCAACAACUGUCACUAUAACACCAAACACCAAUGUGAAUGCAAGGUUUGUGGGUUCUAAGAAGACUAAUGACUUCAAAUUCCACAUCAAUUCUACAAACCCUACAAGUGAAGAGAUAGCCAAAGCUUUUGAAGAGAAGGCACACAAGAAUAAAUACAUGAGCGACCACCUACACCACAAUCUGUUAUUACUGGAUAAGGAAGAUAAUGGACAUCUUAUUGACUUCCAAGAUGGACACUUGCCCCGUGGUAUCAACCUUAAUAACAUUAUUUUUGAGGGAGACAACAAUAAGGACUUGAAGAUCAAUUACACUGAUAGAAACGGGAAAAUUAGCGAAUUUACGUUAUUUUUACCCUAUAAAAUGGAGCCUCAACAAGUACAGUCACAAAUAAAAUCGGAACUUGCAAAACGAGGCCUACUUGAUCCAAAUUCCUCCGAUAUCAUCCUUGAUGAAAACAAUUUCUGGGACGAUAAAAACCCAGUAAUCCACGUUUACAGCUCAAAUACUAUGCCUAUCCACGGGUUUUAUAAAGGCCGCCCCGUUGAAACAUCAAUUAAGUUCAAGUCAAAUACGCCACUCUCAAAAUUGGAGACCAUGGCCAAAGAAAAAGUCGCCAACAUGCUUGGCGAUAACGGUGGUAUGCAGGGAUAUGACUUUUCAAUACUAUCUGACGAUGGAGAACACACCUAUACCAAUGACGACACAAACUAUGAUAACUACUCAAUUUCAUUUGGCACUCCCUUAACGCUGAACUUUGGCAAAAAGAAAUAUUGUUUCAUUAACCACAAUGGGGAAAAACGAUGCACGGGAAUCUACCCAAACAUGCUCAAGAAAUUUACAUUAGAUACCCUGGAGGAUCACUUAAGGCAUAACAGUAAAAUGGAUGGAGACAAAAUUCCUGAAAAUGUGAAACUUUCAGCAAUAGUCCUAAACGAUGGCAAAGAAAUUCCAUGCGAAUAUUUGUUUGGUUCAGAAACCAUUGAAAAUUUAGGCCAUUACUACAAUUUCGACCUGGCCGAUGUAGCAGGAUUCAAAUUUGGAGAGAUGAACAAGGAGGAAAUCAACGUUUUGAACGCAUUUCAUCAGUCCGGCGACCUUCUCAAAGCCAGAAUAAUGAAGUUAACUGGCGAAAAAGAGACGAUAAGUACCUUACUGAACAACAUGGACAUAAAGGCCUUUAAGAACGAGGUACUAGACAGAUUCUCAACGCUAGACUACCGCGAUAAAAUCAAUAACAUCGAAGUCAAUGGUAAGGCUUGGAAGAAUGGCAUGCUGUUUUCCAUGGUUAAUCCCGAGGAUAAUCGCGAUGUUAGAAUCACUUUUGAAGUGGCCAAUGACAGCGGGCGCAAGGCCAAAACUUAUAUUUCAUCUCUACUCGUGCAGCCCAAAGACGAUGAUACAAUCACCACAUUUUUUAAGAGAGCGUUCGCCUCCCCAGUCGUCUAUGGGCUGAGGCCCAAUGAGUCGUACAGGCUGGAUUGCAUCAAGGGUGGCAAGUCUACUCAAAAUAUCUCUACUUCUAAAAUGUUCAGUGAAAUUGACUGCGAUUCAAUCUCCCUGCAGCCCCUCGGCGUCUCCCAAGAUGGGCUACCGCACAUUGUAAUCAAAGAUAAACAAUCAAAAAACCAACAAACGAUAUCCGGCGGAAUUGACCACAUUAACCUUGGCCUUCGCAACUAUUUCUCAGAUUUACUAGAUUCUGGUUCCAAUUUAGAGUCCGCAGAGUUGGAAUUGCUGGGAAUACCAUUUAAUUGCAACCAGAAGAUCUGGUAUAGUCACAAUCUACUGGCAUCGCUUACAUUAGAUUCCCUCCUAGCCCAUUGCAGCGGUGAUUUUGAAAAGCUCAAAAAUAAAUUGCAGAAUGAAUCUCUAAUGGAAAUAAAAAUAAAACCCAAAAUGGGGAAUUAUGUACAUUCCGACACAGCCAGCGACAGCGCUUACCCUCUUAUGAUAGGUCUUAGCUUAAACGGCGUACCCACACAAGUCUACACCAAAAUAAACGUCACCAAAACCACCAUUAAGGAUAGGCCCACCGAAUUUGUGCGACUAAUCAAUCAAACUUUCGGUAAGUCCCUUGAGGGUAUGUCUCAUAUCAACGUCAACCUGUGGAUUUCGAAUACGCUCCGUAACUGCACCAAAUUUGACGGUAUGAAAGGGCUGCUAAAUAUGAGCGUUAAUGAACUUCUCCGUCACUGCAAUGUCACCUGGCAAAUGCUAGAAAUGACGGGAGGGGCUGAUAUAAAUGUUGAUGUUAUCAAGCGCUUUGCAAGCAAGGCAUACGAUGGAACGGAGAAUAGCCCCAAUAGGAUCCUAUUGAAUAUGUCUUCCGGCGACGAUUACAAGAUGAGUUCAAUUCCAUCAAAACAGAACGUGCAGGGGGAGCUACAGGACUUUUUGAUGCAUAACGGCGGGCAGGAUGUGAUGAUGCACCCCGAAAAAUACGUUAUGAACGUUUCUAUAGACCACCGCGAGCCCCAGUUGAUACCAGUAUCUGAGUUACUGCCCCAAAGCCCGUAUAGCCCACACGGCGUGCGGAAUUAUGCGGGCUUUAUCCCGGCUGGUGUUAAGAGACAGGGUCAUUUGGGCCCUAACAGCGGCCCUAAUAAAACGAGGCCCAGUUCUAGACAGGCAUCAUUUUUCGAUAACCCUGAUCACGUACCUCGCGAGAGCAUGGACAUCAUCUUAGAGCGACUGCCUGAUGGGGCCGAUUCGGACGUUUAUUUUUCCCACCAUGACAGCCCUGACUCUGGGACAGUUGGCAGUCAUAUGCCAUCUAAUGGUCAACGCGUCGCUGGGGCUAAUAAGGCCAAGGUUAUAAUGCACCGCUAUCCUGGCCCUGAGGGCAUGGACCACCUAUUGCGUAACAAUUGGUUAGGUUCGCCACAGAAUAAUGGCUCCAUGAUGCACGGCGGAUGGUCCGUGGAGGUUGAAUUUCCCGCUGAACAGCUUAUUUCAGACUAUGAAAACAUAUCAAAUACCAUUGUAACCAGCUUAAAAUCCAAAUUAGGGGGGCGACUCGACUUGGUGUCCAAUGCCAUAGUGCUAGUGAACGUUAAUGGCAAUUCUUACAAAUGUGACAUAUCAAAUUUGUCACAGUUUGAGGAGAUGGACACCUCAGAUUUUUUGGAGAAAUGCGUUCCCAUCGAGCAGUUAGCUGGCAACCCUAAUGUCACGAUAAGGGUCGAAUAUGACCCCUUCAACACGCAAUUUAUUGAUGCUGACAAACUUUCCCACCUAAGCAACGCCAAGCUCAUCAUUCCCACAUUAGAUGACAGUGCCCCUGGUACCAAGGUACUGGACUUGGGGCAUCUGAGCAACACGUUACCGGGAGAAGCGGUGUCUGCGCUGAAUAAGUAUAAGGGGGGGUUUCAGGUUGUUAUAAAUGGGGUUCCUGGGGAUUGUUUCAUACCAAGCGAAUCCAUAACCACCAAACUUACCCCGGAGGUAAUCAUUGACCAUUGCGGCGUCGACGAUCCCAUUUCGCAAUCCUUUACCAUACAGCUGUUGCCAUACAGAAAUACUGGCAACCCCUUUAUCAACAUCAACGUGAGGGAAAGGGAUGGGGAUGGGUUUUCAGACAAAGUGUAUCACCCGUGGAACGCCGGCACAGCCGCGCCGUCGGCCGGCUCCACGGGCGAUAUUAAAAAUUACAAAGGCAAGAUAAAUUUUGACACCACCACGUUAAAUGACAUUGUAAGAGACGCCGCAUCGCAUGAACCUGUGAAUGUGAUGAUCUAUCAAAACAAUAUUCCGUUCGGACCCGGGGAAAUACCUGAAAGGCUCGGUAACAUCCCUCUGUCAUCGCUUUCGGGGGAAUAUAACAUUUCUCUAGAGUAUGAUCCAACCGGUGUCGCUCCGGGCACGGUAUCUGCCGAAAGCCUGGCGAAUAUUCCAAACCUAAGGUACAGGCUUAUGAGUGGGGACUUAGGCCCGGGCGACCGGGUGUACCUCUGCAACGAGCAUUCCCACGUGCCCAUUGACAGGGUCCCGGAGCACCUGCUCCACAUACCCGGAAGUGACUUGCAUAAGCGCGGUUAUACCAUUCAGAUCGUCCGUGGAGCCCCUGGAAAGGGGAUGGGACACAAAAACCCAUUUUUGGGACAUGGGCAGGGAACCAACCCCAAGGCCAACGCUGGAACUGGAGCCCCUGGAAAGGGGAUGGGACACAAAAACCCGUUUUUGGGACAUGGGCAGGGAACCAACCCCAAGGCCAACGCUGGAACUGGAGCCCCUGGAAAGGGGAUGGGACACAAAAACCCAUUUUUGGGACAUGGGCAGGGAACCAACCCCAAGGCCAACGCUGGAACUGAAGCCCCUGGAAAGGGGAUGGGACACAAAAACCCAUUUUUGGGACAAACCCUCACGCGAAUCGCAUCUCCUCCAAGUAUUCGCGUGUUUUCCAAUCUUAUAAAAAAUUCACCUUUAAUCAGCUCCCUACAAACUCCAAUUCAUAAAAUAUUGAAUUUGGAUGAAAAGACGGCGAAUGAUGCCAAAUCAAUAAAAUUGGCCAUAGACGGCAUGCCCUCAGAAUGUGAAAUUGCGAUUGGAAGCACAGAUUGGAUCUUCGAAACAUUGGAAUCCCUUUUGCACCAGUGUAACAUAAGAGACCUAGAUCAUAACCAUCAAAUAGGAAUUUUCAUCAAAAAGUCGGGAAGCCCAGAUGAUAUCGAGUUUUCUUUAAAUGGCAGCAAAGCACCGGCCAGUGGCGACAAAAACAAACGCUACAAACUCAACUUAACCUCCUCUCUUGGAGACACAUUCGAAGACUUGGGGAUCAAUAAUCUCGGAGAUAAUAAUUCGCAGGUUCUGCUCGGGGUAAAGAGUGGAAAUAAAGAGCGCUUGAUCGACGUUGACAAGGACUCCUUCGCUGCACUAUUAAAACAGCACCCAAGCGUAUUGGAUGUCUUACUCAAGUUUGGAGUUCCAGAAGAGGGGCUGACCAGUACCCAUUCACUGCGAAUAAUUAUGGAAUCGUUAUCCAAGGCCCUUGAGCUUUUAAAGAACAAUGGAAUACAAAUGGAGAUCGAAAUUGACGGGGUAGAUAUUGAACAGACCAAUCUACAUCUUACAACUAAGCUAUCCAAUAUAUUCAAAAAAAUGGAAACCCUGAAAAAAUUGUUAUCUGAGCACCACAACAUGGUACUCCAUGUGCAACUUGCCUCUGGGAGAAUUAUUGAGUUCACUAUCACUGCUCACGAUCUGAUCCACGCAAUAGACGGAGGGUUGACCCUGAGAGAUCUACUUUUGCAUGGACUGGACGCCGACAAUGUAGAUACCGUAACCUCCAUACUUUUAUCGCCACAGGAAACAAGCCUUCCAUUCACUGCUAAAAAUGCCAUGCCAAACAUAGAGACAAAUGCUAAAAUGGGUAAACGUCACGUUUCUAAAUUAGCUACCAACCCUAUUGACUCAGCGUCAAAAGCAAAUGCUAAAAUGGGCAUAAGUCACGAUACCAAACUGACCACCAGCCCUAUUGGCCAAACGUCAAAAACGGGCCCAAAAACUUAA